AUGGCGCAAGCCCCCUUGUCGGCCGGCGACAACGACUCGUCGACGGCCCCCAAGCACGAUGUCGAGGCCAAGACCCGAGAGCCGUCGCACGACGACGCAGAGGGCCUCGUCUUCGCCCAGUCCGACUUCCUCAAGCGCUCCCUCUCCGCGCGCCAGGUCCAGAUGAUCGCCAUCGGCGGCACCAUCGGCACCGGCCUCUUCCUCGGCACCGGCAAGUCGCUCGCCACCGGCGGCCCGGCCUCGAUCCUCAUCUGCUACGCCAUCAUCGGCGCCAUCGUCUUCAUCACCAUGCUGUGCCUGGGCGAGAUGUCGGCCUUUGUCCCCGUCGCCGGCAGCUUCUGCACCUUUGCCGGCCGCUUCGUCGACGACGCAUUCGGCUUCGCCCUCACCUGGAACUACUGGUUCAACGACGCCGUCUCCACCGCCUCCGACUUGGUCGCCCUGCAGCUCAUCCUGCAGUACUGGACCGACCACUUUCCCGGCUGGGCCCUGAGCCUCAUCUUUCUCUUCAUCCUCAUCGCCAUCAACGUCAUUUCCGUCGGCGCAUACGGCGAGCUGGAAUACUGGCUGAGCCUGCUCAAAGUCAUUACCAUUGUGGCCUUCAUCAUCGUCGGUAUCGCCGUCAAUGCUGGCGCCAACUUGGAGGGCCGCUACAUUGGCGGAGAGAACUGGCGCCUUCCCGGGGCCCCAUUCGUUGGCGGCGUCGGGGGCUUCGCCUCGGUCUUCGUGACGGCCUCUUUUGCGUACGGCGGCACCGAAUCCAUUGCCAUCACGGCCGGCGAAACCAAAAACCCCACAAAGAACAUGCCCCGCGUCGUCAAGAACGUCUUCUGGCGGAUCCUCCUCUUCUACAUCCUCUCCAUCCUCCUCAUCGGCCUCAAUGUCCCCUACACCUACCCGGGCCUCAACUCCAAGUCGACGCGCACCUCGCCCUUUACCAUUGUCUUUCAGAUGACGGGCGCCCGCGCCGCCGGGAGCGUCAUCAACGCCGUCAUCCUCACCAGCGUCCUGUCGGCCGGCAACCAUGCCCUGUUCGCCGCGGCUCGGCUCUUGUACACGCUCGCCAUGGAGGGCCACGCCCCGCGGGUUUUCGCAAAGCUCAACAAGAAACAGGUCCCUUGGGUCGCCGUGCUUGCCUCGAGCGCCAUUGCCGGGCUUUGCUUUGCCUCGAGCUUCAUUGGAGCCGGCCAGCUGUGGAACUGGUUGCAAAACAUCGUCGGCGUCUCCAACCAGCUCAGCUGGAUCUCCAUCGGCAUCGCCUCCAUCCGCUUCCGCUCCGGCCUCGAACGCCAGGGCAAGACGCACCUGCUCCCCUUCCGUAACUGGACCUAUCCGUGGGGCCCCUGGAUGGCCGUCGUCCUCAACUGCUGCCUGGUGCUUAUACAAGGGUGGAGCUGCUUCAGCCCCAAGUUCGACCCCGUUAGCUUCGUGAGUUUCUACAUUGAGCUACCCAUCAUGCUCAUCAUGUAUCUUGGGUGGAAGCUUUUCAAACGGACCAAGCUAGUCGGGUUGGACGAGAUGGACCUGGAAACGGACGUUCACACUGCCGACGAGCACGCGGUAGAGAAGAAGAAAGGGUGGCAGGCAAAGGCCAGGAGAGCCGUCUCUUGGAUAUUCUAA